AGAAAUUCAUAAUAUAAAAAUUUAUAUUUUACAGGAUUAGGAUUUAAUAUUGCAGAAGAAGGGAUCUUCGGUGCGAUCGAUAACAACACCGAGCAAUCGUGACGACGAGUAAUCACUUGUAUGGAGUCAUUCAUGACUGCAUUGAUUCAAUCGACGCAUUGAACAGCUUUAAUCUUCAAGGUUUUCGAAGCUCGAUUUGAGGCCUGACAGGCUUUGGUUUCUAGAUAUUGAGCUACUUAUCUUUCGAUCUCCUAUUUGGAUUCGAAACUGGUUGAAAUUUUGACUGACCAGAAAGGAAAGAGCCUGAGCAAAAUCUGUAGAGGAUAAAAGGGGGAAAAGUGUGGAUCAGUUCAAAAAGUCAUCUCGUAACAGUGUUAUUCUCGUGAAGACUGAAAGACACUCCUCUUUUCGUUUCUUUUUCUCUCUAGGCAUAUUGAUGUGAAGCAAAAGAUUCAACAUGGGAAAAACAUGAGUAAAGCAAGAGAGAAUUGGGAAAGGGGAAAUUUCUACUCGAGCUACCAGAUGAUUUCCCUUUCUCUUCCACUUUAAAUUCCCUCAACAAAUAAUGGCUGAUGAUCUAUGCUUCUUCAUUAAGGAUAUGCUUAUCGUUAGACCUCCAGUAAAGAACUCCUUGGUGUUGAGAAUAAGUUUGUUAGCUUUUGUCAUGGUAUGUGGGGUUUUCAUGUGUUCAAUUGGUCUAAAGCAAAUUAGCAACUUCACAAAGGCCGGUUUCAUUGACAUUAAAGUGGUUGACAAACCUUGCGAUGUCCCCAAUGUUGAAAAAUGGGAGAGGCCUUAUGUUCAUUUCCCCAAACCCACAACUUUUAAUCGGGCUGAAUGUGCAUGCAAUCCUGUUCGAUACUUUGUUAUCUCAUCAACACAAAGAUCUGGGAGUGGAUGGUUUGAGACAUUAUUAAAUAGUCAUAUGAAUGUAAGCUCAAAUGGUGAGAUCUUCUCAGUUAAACCAAGGAGGACAAAUAUGUCAACAAUUGUGGACACUUUGGACAAAAUUUACAAUCUUGAUUGGUUGACAAGUGCUUCCAAGAAUGAAUGCACAGCUGCAGUGGGCUUGAAGUGGAUGCUUAAUCAGGGUUUGAUGCAGAAUCAUGAAGCAAUAGUGGAAUAUUUUAAAGCUAAAGGAGUUUCAAUGAUAUUUCUUUUUAGAAGAAAUCUUCUUCGUAGAAGAAUCUCAAUACUUGCAAAUGCUUAUGACCAAAGUGCUAAACCUCUAAAUGGGAAACACAAAUCCCACGUCCAUUCACACGAUGAGGCUAAAAUUCUAGCAAGUUACAAGCCCACAAUAAAUACAACACUACUGAUACCCGAGCUUAAACAAGCCGACAACAUGGUUAAACAAGCUUUGGAAUACUUCAAUACCACUCGCCACAUCAUCCUUUACUACGAAGACAUUAUCAAGAACCACACUGUAUUGGAGGAUGUGCAACGGUUUUUGAGGAUACCGCAAAUGGAGCUAAAGAGUAGGCAGGUGAAGAUACAUAAAGGUCCAUUACGUGAACAGGUGGAAAAUUGGGAUGAUAUUAAAAAGGUAUUAAAUGGAACACUUUAUGAGAGCUUUCUGCAUGAGGAUUAUAAAGUUAGUUAAAUAGUUUGUAAUUGUG